AUGGCAGAUGGUACCUACAGGUUCCAGCAGCCUGGGGCCGGGCCGUUCACUUUCCAAACACAACCGCAGCAUCAUUCACUUCAACGACACCCCAUUCAAAACGGAACCAAUUCUCCAGUUCGACUGAAGCUCAACCACGACACUCCAUCUCCCUCUCGAUCACCCCCUGUCAACCAAUCAGCCGCUCUCAACUCGUUCGCCAUGUAUCAAAGUCAACAUCACCUCAUGAUGAAUGGGGCCCACCACCAACACCAGCCUCACCAACGCUUUGGUGCGAUCACUAGUGUGGGUGGCAUGUCGGUCUCAACGAACAAAUUUCAAUCACAAGGUCAGGUUCAUACACAGCAACAGAUCCAUACCUCGCACCAAACCGCACAUCCCUUCACUCAGCAACACCCCCACUUCAACCAAACCCAUGGAGCGCCAACCAUGGUCGAUGACGAUAUGGACGAUUCCAUAAAUGAGGAAUGGCAACAGCAGCUUCAGCUUCAUGCAGAAUCUAGGCAGGCCAACUCACCUCACUACUACGCCCGGAUCAUGGCGCAGCAGUCCAAGGGAAUUCAACUCAUGUCCCAGUCCGAAGCCAACGAGACUACCAUCGACCCUCGAACUGGAGCUACAGUUGUGAAGCCAGCCACGCGACAAGGGUGGCAUGCGAUAGACUUUGGUGGACAGGGCUUACGUGCAAUGUCUGCCUCGCUAUUUGGAUACAAGUUCAUUGAGAAACUGUACCUCAAUCAUAACAAGCUAAAGGCGCUUCCCUCCGAGAUUGGCCAACUACGGAAACUGACUCAUCUUGAUCUUUCUGGCAAUGAAUUAACGGAGCUUCCUGAGGAAAUUGGGAUGCUAACUAGCCUCAAGAAGCUUUAUCUAUUCGAUAACCACAUUCGCAACCUUCCUUACGAGAUGGGCUAUCUCUACCGACUGGAGACGCUGGGAAUUGAAGGAAAUCCUCUCAAUGAAACCUACAAAUCCCAAAUCAUGAAGGAUGGGACAAAAGCCCUGAUCAAGUAUCUAAAGGAAGAGAUGCCAGUCCAUUUACCUCCCCCUGAUCGCGACUGGGUCAUCCUCGAUGAAACCGCGAGCUCGACCAAUAGCCCCACCGAAAAGAUCACCGUCCUCUCAUACAACACACUCUGCGACUCCUCCGCCACCGCCUCUCACUACGGUUACGUCCCCUUACGAAUCCUCUCUUGGGAGUUCCGCCGAGAACUCAUUCUUAAUGAAUUACGAUCUCACAAUUCGGAUAUUGUCUGUCUCCAGGAAGUUGAUCAAGGAAGCUACAACAAUUUCUAUCGAGAGCAACUUGCCUACAGUGACUACAAGGGUGUGUAUUGGCCCCGCGGUCGUGCAAUGGGCAUGCAAGAAGACGAUGCCAAGGUUAUCGAUGGUUGUGCCACAUUCUUUAAGGGAAGCAAGUACAUUCUUUUGGACAAGCAGGUCAUCAACUUUGGACAAACUGCCGUCCGCCGACCUGACGCCAAGGGUCAAGAUGACAUCUACAAUCGACUUUGGCAAAAGGAUCAUAUUGCGGUUGUUGUUUUCCUUGAGAACCGUCAGACUGGAGCUCGUUUCAUGGUUGUGAAUGCUCAUCUUUACUGGGACCCGGCCUUCAAGGACGUGAAGCUCAUCCAAACUGCCAUUCUGAUGGAGGAAAUCACCAAGUUAUCUGACAAAUACGCCAAGUGGCCUGCAUGCACGGAUAAGACUGCUUUCCGUUUCUCUGAAGCGGAGAGUGCAUCCGAGAACGCACCAGUUGUAGAGCCUGCACCAUCUAUGGAGUACUCCAGUGGUGAACAAAUUCCCUUGCUUAUGUGUGGUGACUUUAACUCAAACCCUGGAUCGGCGGCAUAUAAUCUCAUCUCCUCCGGACGACUUGAUGAGUCACACCCUGAGCUCGAGAACCGUCUUUAUGGUAAUCUGAGCAAGGUCGGCAUGACCCAUCCGUUCAAGCUUAAGUCAGCCUACGGCUCCAUCGGGGAACUGAGCUUUACCAACUACACACCGGAUUUCAGUGAUAUCCUUGAUUAUGUAUGGUUUUCAUCCAACACACUCCAUGUGUCGGCUCUGCUCGGCGAAGUGGACAAGGAGUAUCUUCGACGUGUGCCUGGAUUCCCCAACUUUCAUUUUCCUAGUGAUCAUGUUGCAUUGUUUGCGGAGUUUACAGUUAAAGGGAAGAAGGGUAAGGUUGUGGAAGCGGAUUUUGGACCGCAGCGCCACUGA